CCAUCGCCUAACGUCGCUGGCUUGAAGCAGACGACACACCAGUGCGUCGUGACAAGUUGUUGCCACAGUCUAGGCGUUGAAACGCCGUGUUAAACAAUCCCGAAAGGAUCAGCAAGGAGCCCUGAUAUGAACAAGUCUUUGCAAUCGGGAUUCACCAAGUAAAGAAUAGCUAGCACCAUGACAUCAGUUUGCGACACACGGUCAUAUAGCAGUUGAGCUCCAAAAGACAUCAUGGGGCAGGGCUAUUCCCUUACCACGCUUUCCGCUGGCUCUGCGGGCAUCGAUGUGCCAGAGCUCGCGGACCUUGUGUACGAAAAGUCCUUAGGCACUGCAAGGUUCAUGAAGAGCAUACGCGCUAGGCACAGAAAUGGCCUCGUUUUUGUUAAAGUGAUAAUGAAGCCGUAUCCGAGCAUGGAACUAGAUCCAUAUGUCAAGGCCAUUCUCCGCGAACGAGAUAUACUAGAAGAUAUCCCCAAUGCCCUUGGGUAUCAGCGGAUACUUGAGACUGGGACUGGCGGCUACCUAGUCCGUCAAUAUAUCCACAGUUCGCUCUAUGAUCGUAUGAGCACUCGCCCCUUCCUCGAGGAUAUCGAGAAAAAAUGGAUAGCUUACCAGUUACUUUCUGCCCUCCGGGAUUGCCAUUCUCAUGACAUUUACCAUGGCGAUAUAAAAACCGAAAAUUUGUUGGUGACAUCCUGGAACUGGCUAUACUUAUCGGAUUUCUCGUCGUCGUUUAAACCAACAUUUCUUCCAGAAGAUAAUCCAGCCGAUUUUUCAUUCUAUUUCGAUACUUCCGGCCGGCGGACAUGCUACUUGGCUCCCGAACGGUUUCUCAUGGCUGGUGAAGAACCUGAUAGUAGAGGCGUAAACUGGGCAAUGGACAUAUUUAGCGCUGGUUGUGUGAUCGCUGAGUUAUUUCUUGAGUCCCCGAUUUUCACGCUCAGUCAACUUUAUAAGUACCGGAAAGGGGAAUACGAUCCGGAACAGAGCCACCUGUCAAAGAUUGAAGAUCCCGACGUAAGAGAUCUGGUCGUUCACAUGAUCCGUGUCGACCCAGAAUCCAGGUACUCGGCUGAGGAAUGCCUCAACUUCUGGCGCCACAGAGCAUUUCCUGAAUAUUUUUACAGUUUCCUUCACCAAUACAUGGGACACAUUACUGAUCCUUCGUCUGGUCGUGCCCGGCCUGAGCUUAGGCCUGGUGAUCUACGAGAGGCUGAUGAACGAAUUAAUAAAACGUAUUUGGAUUUUGACAAGAUAUCCUAUUUCCUUGGCGUUAAUGCUAAACCUGCUAUUGAUGGAUCAAAUCUCACUCUUCCAACGCUUAACUACCCUAUUUUCCCCCUUCAGCUCGAUUUACCGAACUAUGGCAACCAACCCUCAAAGCCUCAGUCUGAUACUGAUGAUGGAACACUAAUAUUUCUUACACUUGUUGUUUCGAGCCUCCGAAAUACCGCAAAGGCUUCUGCUAGAGUAAAAGCUUGCGAUAUCCUGCUGGCUUUCGCUGAAAGGGUUCCCGAUGAAGCGAAGCUUGAUAGGAUUUUGCCCUUUGUGAUGUUUCUACUUACCGAUCGCUCAGAUGUGGUCAAAGUAGCUGCCAUUCGAACCUUAACCCAGCUUCUCGCUAUGGUCCGGGUCGUUUCACCAGUCAAUGCUUACAUCUUCCCGGAGUAUAUAUUUCCCCGCUUACAGCCAUUUAUCCCAGGCCCCAAUUCAAAUCCUAGCCCAAUUGUCCGGGCAGCGUAUGCCUCCUGCAUUGCGUCUCUUGCGCAAUCCUCGCUUCACGUGCUGGAUAUGGUUCAGGCCUUGCGCUCAGAUAUACGGCUGGGGUCGCUCGUUCCUGAAAGCACAGAAGUAGGUUGGACAGAAGAUGUGUCUUACCAUAAUCUCUAUGACGUGGCUCGAAUUGAUCUUCUCGACUUCUUCGAAUCACAUACAAAAUCUUUACUUACGGACAGUGAUGUUUCUGUUCGUCGUGCCUUCCUCGGAUCAGUCGCCAGUCUUUGCGUCUUCUUCGGCAACCCAAAGGCAAAUGAGGUGAUUCUCAGCCACCUUAAUACUUAUUUGAAUGAUAAAGAUUGGAUACUCAAGUGUGCUUUCUUUGAAGCAGUGGUUGGAGUCGCCACAUAUGUAGGAAGUACAAGUUUGGAAGAGUUCAUUUUGCCUCUCAUGGUCCAAUCUAUGACUGAUCCAGAAGAGUUUGUUGUCGAGAGAGUUCUUCGCUCUCUUGCUCGUAUGGCCAAACUGGGGCUUUUCCAGCGAGCAACCACGUGGGACCUCCUCCAUAUCGCCGUACGAUUUUUCAUCCACCCUAGCAUAUGGAUACGCGAGGCGGCCAUCCAUUUUGUUGUUGCUUCAACCACAUUCCUGUCCCCGGCCGAUACGUAUUCUAUCAUAACACCUCUCGUUCGUCCCUUUCUCAAAACUAACACAACGGACAUCUCGGAAGCCCAACUGUUGGACGCUCUGAAAAAACCACUUUCCAAAAGUGUAUAUGAUAUGUUAGUGAUAUGGGCAACUAAAGCCGAGAAAGGUGUCUUUUGGAAAUACGCUGCGCGUGACGGAGUGUUUGAUCUGGGUGGUCCACCUACGUCGAGCUUCGGGAAGAUUCGGCAGCGUGGCAGCAAUUACUCAUCGAACACGAUCACAAAAAAUGACGAAGACGAGCAGUGGCUCUCUCGCAUAAAAAAUAUCGGAAUGGCCCAGGAGGAUGAGUUCAAAUUACUAGCUCUCAAAGAGUACAUAUGGCGAGUUGCCACCAGACGACCUAAAGAAGGGGAUACCAGCUCAACUGCACCCUUGUCAAAUAUUGUAUCCUUAAGCCAGCACGGUGUCACUCCGCAAACGGUCUUUUUUGAUAAAAAACAAAAUGUAGAGCAACGACGAUCAUCACUCAGCAAGUUGAAAGCGCCAGCUGGCGAGAGGAAAGUUCAUACAAUUGCUGAUGCGCUCCUUGAUGCCUCGACGACAAUUGAUACUGUGCCCGGGUCCCGCCGCACAAAUCUGCCACCAGGUGACGGUGGGCGGAUAGAAAGUGGAAUCUCUCAUGCUGUGCCACGAAUGACCCGGGACCCUGCUUCGCCUGAAUCGUCGUCGCCGACCCGUGCAGUUGGAUCACAGGAUUCUUCAGGGUCUCCAUCAGAUGUAGAACGUAGGGAUGAUAGUCAUCGAACCCGACCAGAAGAUGCAUCAACCCGUGAUCGUUCGUUGAGGCGUAAGGAUUCCGACAACCUUUCUGCAACGCUUCCGGGUGGCGGAGUCCAUCGCCGGCCUUCAGCCAUAAACCUUCUCAACCGUACUGAAACCGCAAAAGCAUAUGCCGAAACUUCCACCACAUCGACGAACGCCUUCGGAAAAGUAGACGCCCCAGUUCAAAGGGACCAACGCCGCCGCCCAUCACCGCUUUCCAUGGUGCAGGACUCAAAACUUCCAGCGGAAGCACCACGACAUUAUCGCGCAAACCACACUUAUCGUGGCAACGACCCCACGAUCCUAAAACUUCUAGAUGCAGUAUUUGCUGAGAACUAUCCGAUUGAUUUAUAUGACUUUGGGCCAACCGUUUCUCCGGUCACCACUCAUCAUCCUAUCAAGAAGUCAAGCUUUCAGACGCCAGAGAAGCCCUGGAGGCCCCAAGGAAACUUGGUUGCAAUGUUCGGUGAACAUAGCGGGCCUAUAAACCGCGUUGUCGUAGCCCCUGACCAUGCAUUUUUCGUCACGGCGUCGGAUGAUGGCACGCUUAAAGUAUGGGAUACCACGAGAUUGGAAAAAAAUGUAACCCCACGCUCCCGACAAACCCACCGUCACGAUAGUGGUGCAAAAGUGAAAUGCGUUACCUUCAUCGAAAACACUCAUACCUUUGUCAGUGCGGCGACGGACGGGAGUAUUCAUGCGGUUAGGAUCGAUUAUCGCAAUAUUAACGAUGCCCCCCGAUACGGGAAACCACAAGUUGUCCGCGAAUAUAACCUUUCCUAUCUGCCAAAUAGCUUGGGUGAAUACGCCAUUUGGAUGGAACAUUAUCGAUCUGAGGCCCAUUCCAUGCUUCUGAUUGCUACAAACAAAUCUCGAGUUUACGCCUUAGACCUAAAAACGAUGAGUGUAAUAUACACGCUGGAAAAUGCUAUUCAUCACGGAACUCCCACAACAUUUUGUUUGGACAGGAAGCACAACUGGCUCCUUCUUGGCACAUCGCAUGGUAUCCUUGACUUAUGGGAUCUUCGGUUCCGCAUACGAGUGAAAUCAUGGGGCCUUCCCGGUGGAGCCCCUAUUCAUCGGUUGCUAAUACAUCCACUUAAAGGGCGAGGAAGAUGGAUAUGCGUAGUAGGAGGCAGCAACAACGGCUCCGAAAUUAUGGUAUGGGAUAUUGAUAAAGUUCAAUGCAGAGAGGUAUACUGCACGUCUUCGGCGCCCACUGAUGCAUCUAAUGAGGGCGACGACGGGCGAAACCCCAGCACACGGAAAAACAUCAACCUAGCAGCAGACACUAGCUGGAAGAACUAUGAGCCAUGGCGUGUUGACGAAGACCGACCCGAAGGUAUGCUGGGGCGCUUUGCGGGCAAACCUCAGUCGUCUGCUGGUGUUGAGCCGAGUGUCAGAAACGGGACUGGCCUCUCUUCAUCCAGUAGCAGUGACCGGAGUGGCAUCCGGGCCAUCGCGGUUGGACUUGAUGUGCCUGAGAAUAGCCAGGAAGGGUCAAAAUGCGGAUUCUUAAUAUCUGGUGGAUCGGAUCGGAAAGUCCGCUUCUGGGAUGUCACCCACCCGGAUGCCUCGAUGAUAAUCAGUGGCUUGGAGGUGGUGCCUGACGGAAUCGCGCAGAAACCACGAUACGACGUAACACACCCUACCCCUUCAUUAACCGUCACCACUGAGUGGGUGCCUACUACCGGGGCUUCUCCUAAUGGCAGCGGCAAGGGGCGAGGUUCUACAAAGAAGCGUGGAGACAAGGGCUCGGCUACCGGACCUACCGCAGCCAGCCGUCCUCCCAGAAGCACAGUAAUCAGCCUACAACAGCAACAACUUUUGAAAAGUCAUCUUGACUCCAUUCUUGACGUUGCGCUCCUAGAAUCCCCGUAUGGGAUGACUGUCAGUGUCGAUCGCGGGGGGAUGGUAUACGUAUUUCAAUAAAAAUUUUCGAGGUUAAGUAUUGGGUGUUUAGUUUUGAAAGCAAGCUUUCUACUACUACUUUGUACUUAUCAUAAAUAUGUUACUAUGCCAGUUACUUUUUAAAAAAUCUAUACCCAGAACUUGCCAGAGACUAUGUGCCUAGUUGGAUAUCUAACCACUUCUUUAGCAAGAAUUUGCAAACCUCAAUCCAUUGGCAUCACAAACACCAAAAUCAAUUGCGUAGAUACAUAAGCUUCCCGGUUCUGAGAGACAGUUAUUAACCCCGUAUUCGGGUCGAUCUAGCAUCAGCAGUCGGGACAGAGAUCAGG